UAUUUUUCUACCACCUGUGAAAAAAAUUUGGAAAAAGGAUAUCAAACUUUCUGGUUUUAUUCUACUUUGCAGGAGUGCCAUGAAGGAGAAGUCAUGACAGUGCAUUUUAGUCCUUCUGGAAAAUACUUUGUAACAGGUGGUUCAGAUCGAAAAGUUAAAAUCUGGGAAAUAGAUGGAAGAGGUGCAUUUAAGGAGUUAGCAACUUUAACUGGUUGUCGACAAUCUGUAACUUGUACAAGAUUUGAUCUUUUGUUACUCUUUCACUACCGCAAGCCUCUGGUAGCGGCUUUCAAUCUGCAAAUUGCAGCUAAUAUUAUACAGACUCCAAGAAACAAAAAUAUGGAGACGCAUACUUUGACAGGACACAGCAAUAAAGUAAUGACAGCAAAGUUUCUUGGAACAGAUUCGAGCAAAAUAGCGUCUGGAAGUUAUGAUAGAACAAUAAAAGUAUGGGAUUUAAGAAGCAAAGUUUGCACUAAAACAAUCUUUGCAGGAUCCAGUUGUAAUGAUCUUGUUACAUCAGACAUUGCAGGGACUACUAUUAUUAGUGGCCAUUUUGAUAAAAAAAUUCGCUUCUGGGAUAUAAGAUGUGAUCAAAACUCUAAUGAGAUUCAGCUUCAAGGCAAAGUUGCAUCUUUAGACUUGUCCCAAGAUAUGAAUUAUCUUUUGGCUUGCACGCGAGAUGACUCACUAAAACUGAUUGAUUUAAGAAGAAAUCAAAUUGUAUCAACAUACAGAACUGAUGGUUUUAAAGUUGCGUUUGAUUACACUCGUGCUUGUUUUAGCCCGGAUGCUCAAUAUGCUUUAUGUGGGUCACAUGACAACAAUAUUUAUGUAUGGAAUACACGCACAAACCAACUCGAUAAAGUUCUUAAGGAACAUAAGAGCGCUGUUAUUGCAACAGCAUGGCAUCCGCAUGGAUCUAGUAUUUUAUCAAGCGACAAAAAUAAGCACGUUAUUUUGUGGAAUGACUUUUGAAAGUGAUUUUCAAAUACGGUUUGGAGUGCUUUGAGAAUCCAAAAGCAACGUUGUCAGUUAAAUAGUUCCCGCUUUAGAUAUAAUAUGGCGCACUUUGGUUUAAUAUCAAUGUAGAUUCUUAUUGUUUUUGUGGUGUGCAUCUGCUGGUGUUAAUCGUUUUUGUUAAAACAGUUUUAUAUCUUAAAUACUAUUCCUGUUGGCUAUAUACCCUCAAGUUGUUGCUAUUGACAUCAAUGUGUAUUGUUUGAAUGGAUAUUUAGUAAAUAAAUAGAGUAUAAAUGGUAUUAAAAGUAACCGAGUUUAGCAAAAAAACUAGAAAUUGAAUUACGAUCAGAGAUCGUAAUUAAACUCUUUGUGUAUGAUCAAUAUGAUAAAAAAAAACUUUAAAACUUUUGAAAAGGGCGAGAUAAUUUUUGCUAUUAGUAAAUGUUUUAACUUUUUAUAUUUAGCAAAUAAGUUUUAUAUUAUGUUCGCUAAGCUCAUACAUAAAAUCAAAUUAAUUGGUUGUUAGAAACGUUUAUGGUAUGCCAUCUUCAUUAUGUACGAGAGAUUUCACGUAGCUGGCAGAUUAUACGUACGAAUCGGAUUUCUGUAUUUCUUGAAGCCUCAAGAGAAUUUUAUUAAACUUAUUUUUAAUCUUUUUGACAAAUUUUAUGAAUAAUUACUGUUUAAUAUUUUGUAUAUUAGUAUACAGAACUUUUCGUUUUGAUAUUUAUAUAGAGUAUAAUUGUAUGAUAUAAAAUCUCUAAGAAUUAUA